UUUACUCCGCUAAAAGCGACAACGCCUGACGCACGCCCACCAAGCCGCACGCGCGCAACCCCCAAACGGUGAAAUCUUUUUCCUGUGGUGAACCAAUUUUAACUGUCCGCUAAUAGCACAACACCACGCGCGAGUUCACUCGCGCAACGACUAAAAUUAUUAUUACCAGGCCUGAUUGCCUGAGUCUAUUAUAUGUCGGCUUGUUUCGCAAAUUAUAUUAAAAAAAGAGAAGAAAAGAAAGCUGUUUUUUGCUCUGCUUUUGUUUUGCUUUGCUUUGCUUUGGCUUUGGCUUUGCCUUUGGUUGUCUCUCUGAUUUCCUGGCGACAAGUCUGUUUCCUUCUCCUUGAUCCCAUAAAGCAUUUUUUUUCAUUUUUCUUUUUGUUGGAUUCUAGAACCAAAACGGUGAGCUUCAAGUGAUGCGCAGUUUUGAAACCGGUUCUUAACAUUCCAUGCAGUUGGUUCUCUACGGUUCGGCUUUUUUAUUCCGAUUCAUCGACGGAAUCUGAUUUUUGUUUUGGAGAAGGAAAUGCAUCUUGUGAUUGAAAUACCGAACGAAUCAAAGCUUGUUACGAAGCUAACGAAGAGAAAAUAGCUCAGAAAAGAACAGAGUUUUGGCGUUUGGUUUUCUUUUCAAGCUAGGGUUUUGGUUUCUUUGUGAUUUGAAUGUGAAUGGAAGCAGCGGCGGCGUUCCCUCAAGCUCGUCUGCAGUAAUUUUCCGACGAAGGGAUGUUGCAAAAAUGAUUUUUUUUGGAAGGUUUGAGGUUUCAUAGCUAAAAGAGUGGAAGUAACUCUAUGGUGAAGAAAGUUGAUCUCUUUUCAGUGUUUUGUUGGAGCAAAACAAGUGAUUGGAUUCCUUAAAAAAAGUUCUUUUUUUUUUUUUUUGAAUUGACUCAAAUUUGUAAGCAUGAAGGCUUCACCAAAUGGAUUUUUGGCAAAUUCUGCUGAAGUUUUGUGGGAUGUUUGAUAAUAUUCUGGUUGGUUUCGGAAAGCAGGAGAAAGGAAGAGUAUCAAUUCAGAAUUAUGGCAUGCUUGUGCUGGACCACUUGUUUCUAUGCCGCCAGUUGGAAGUCUGGUGGUUUACUUUCCUCAAGGCCACAGCGAGCAAGUUGCAGCAUCAAUGCAAAAGGAGACUGAUUUCAUACCUAGCUAUCCUAACCUUUCUUCCAGGUUGAUUUGCAUGCUCCAUAAUGUCACAUUGCAUGCUGAUCCAGAAACUGAUGAGGUCUAUGCCCAGAUGACUCUUCAACCUGUAAACAAAUAUGACAAGGAAGCACUACUGGCAUCAGAUAUGGGCCUGAAGCAAAACAGACAACCUGCUGAGUUCUUUUGCAAGACUCUUACAGCUAGUGACACUAGCACUCAUGGUGGAUUUUCUGUGCCUCGUCGAGCAGCUGAGAAGAUAUUCCCUCCUCUGGAUUUUUCGAUGCAACCACCUGCUCAAGAGCUAGUAGCUAGAGAUUUACAUGACAAUAAAUGGACAUUUAGACAUGUUUAUCGAGGUCAACCAAAGAGGCACCUUUUGACUACUGGUUGGAGUGUCUUUGUUGGCUCAAAAAGACUCUUUGCUGGUGAUUCUGUUCUUUUCAUAAGAGAUGAGAAGGUGCAGCUUCAAUUGGGUAUAAGGCGUGCUAAUAAACAGCAGCCACCUCUCUCUUCAUCAGUGAUUUCUAGUGAUAGUAUGCAUAUUGGGAUACUUGCUGCUGCAGCUCAUGCUGCAGCAAACAACAGCCCAUUUACUGUAUUCUACAAUCCAAGGGCAAGCCCUUCUGAGUUUGUGAUACCCUUAGCGAAGUAUAACAAAGCCAUGUAUACCCAAGUUUCUCUUGGCAUGCGGUUUAGAAUGAUGUUUGAAACUGAGGAGUCUGGAGUGCGCAGAUACAUGGGUACAAUUACUGGUAUCAGUGACUUGGAUCCUGUGCGAUGGAAAAAUUCACAAUGGCGCAAUCUUCAGGUUGGAUGGGAUGAAUCUACCACUGGUGAACGGCCCAGCCGAGUUUCAAUUUGGGAAAUUGAGCCUGUUGUAACUCCUUUCUACAUAUGUCCACCUCCUUUUUUCAGGCCCAGGUUUCCCAAGCAACCAGGGAUGCCAGAUGAUGAGUCUGAUAUUGAGAAUGCUUUCAAGAGAGCAAUGCCCUGGCUUGGAGAUGAAUUUAUUAUGAAAGAUGCCCCUAGUUCAAUCUUCCCUGGCUUGAGUUUAGUUCAGUGGAUGAGCAUGCAACAAAAUAAUCAGUUUCCAGCUGCUCAAUCAGGAUUCUUUCCAUCAAUGGUUUCUUCAAAUCCGCUGCAUAAUAACCUUAGCACUGAUGAUCCUUCCAAGUUAUUGAAUUUUCAAGCUCCUCCAUUACCUUCAUCGAAUAUGCAAUUUAACAAAGGAAAUUUAAACCAAGUUAACCAGUUGCCUCAGGCACCUAUGACAUGGCCCCAACAGCAGCAACUUCAGCAAUUAUUGCAAACUUCUCUGAAUCAACAUCAGCAGCAGCAAUCCCAACAACAAUUGCAGCAACAACAGCCUCAACAACCACAAUCACAACCACAGCCACAGCAGCAGCAGCAGCAACAACAAGCAUUCCUACCAGCUCAAGUAAAUAACAGAAUCGUUGCUCCUAAUCAAAUUACAAAUCAAAAUUUGCAUCAACCGGCUGUUUACUCUCCUCUCCAGCAGCAACAAUUACUGACAAGCAAUAGCCAGUCUACCCAAACUAUCCUCUCUGCUAAUAAGACUUCAUAUCCUUUGAUGUCAUUACCACAAGAUACACAAAUUCAGCAACUGAUGGAACAGCAACCUAACCUUAUUCAUAGGCAGCAGCAACAGACCCAGUUGCAGCAAAGCCUGUCCCAGAGGACACAGCAGCAGGCGCAGAUUCCACAAUUGUCACAGCAGGGCCUCUCAGAGCAACAGUGUCAAUUACAACUGUUACAGAAAUUGCAGCAACAGCAACAGCAACAGCAGCAGCAGUCGUAUCAACAAUUACUCUCCCCAGCUGGAUCACUCUUGCAGCCUCCAACGGUGCAGCAACAGUCAACUCAUCAACAAAACCAACCAUUGCAGCAGUUGCCUCCUUCUCAGAGUCAGACUCAACCACUUGGAAGCAAUAGCUUCUCAACAUCAAUGCUCAUGCAACCUCAACAGCUUUCAGUGAACCAACCCCAAUGUCAGAACAAGCCACUUAUGGCUAUGAGAACCCAUUCAGGUCUUACUGUUGGAGAUGCUCCAUCAUGUUCAACCUCACCUUCUACCAAUAAUUGUCAGGUUUCCCCAUCAAACUUUCUAAACAGAAGUCAGCAAGUACCAUCCAUAUUGGCGACUGAUCCAGUUGUUGAGCCUGCAAGGACACUGGUUCAAGAGCUUCAGGGCAAGCCUGAUAUGCAAAUCAAACAAGAUCUUCCCACCUCUAAAGGACCAGACCAAUCAAAGUACAAAAGUACUGUGACAGAUCAAUUAGAAGCAUCCUCUUCUGGAACAUCAUACUGCCUGGAUGCAGCCACCAUCCAGCACAACUUCUCCCUCCCUACAUUUCUGGAAGGUGAUGUCCAAUCACAUCCUCGGAACAAUCUUUCUUUUACAGCUAAUAUCGAUGGAUUCACACCUGACACUUUGUUAUCAAGGGGAUAUGACUCUCAAAAGGAUCUUCAAAACCUGCUUUCUAAUUAUGGUGGCAAUCCAAGAGAUAUUGACACAGAGUUGUCUACUGCUGCAAUAAGUUCUCAGUCGUUUGGUGUGCCAAACAUACCUUUCAAGACUGGGUGCUCAAAUGAUGCUGCCAUCAAUGAGACAGGAGUUUUAAAUGGCGGAUUGUGGGCCAACCAGACUCAACGCAUGCGAACGUAUACAAAGGUGCAAAAGCGUGGCUCUGUAGGAAGAUCAAUUGAUGUUUACCGCUACAAAGGGUAUGAUGAACUCAGGCAUGAUCUAGCCCGCAUGUUUGGUAUUGAGGGGCAGCUGGAAGGUCCGCAAAGUUCUGACUGGAAAUUAGUUUAUGUGGAUCAUGAAAAUGACAUCUUACUUGUUGGUGAUGAUCCUUGGGAAGAAUUUGUAAGUUGUGUUCAGAGCAUAAAGAUACUGUCAUCUGCUGAAGUCCAGCAGAUGAGCUUGGAUGGUGAUCUGGGAAAUGUGGCAGUUCCCAAUCAAGCUUGCAGUGGGACUGACAGCGGAAAUGCAUGGAGAGGACAUUAUGAAGAUACCUCAGCUGCCUCAUUUAACAGAUAAAGUCUCAAAAUUCAAA